AUGCUCCAUGUACAAAAGCAAGAUGGUGAAUCCCAGGGUGCCUUCAUUCUGCAUCUUCCUAAUUUCUUACCUCUAGCUAGCACAGUUGGUAUGCAUGCAGGUCUGUUUGAGCAAGAAGAAGCUGCGGCUAGGGCCUAUGAUUUGGCUGCUUUGAAGUUAAGAGGGGCAUCCACUCCUACAAAUUUUCCGGUGACUGACUAUGUCAAGGAUUUUGAGGAAAUGCGACAUGUGAGAAAUCAUGAAUAUACGCAAGCAAUUAGAAGAAGAAGUCCAGGGUUUCCAAAAGGAGCGUCUGCCUACAGUGGCAUCUCAAAAAAAAACUCCAAUUCAAAAUGUAUUUCCUACAAGAGAUGCAAAGCCAGAUUAUGGAAAGGGAAAGAAUUAGAGGAUGAUAUUGUUUACCUUGGAACAUAUGAUACACAAGAAGAAGCUGCCAGAGCUUAUGAUAUUGCCUCUGUAAGGAUGAAAAACGACGAAUCUGUUACUAAAAAGUUGAUGAAAAAGUAUAUUGUGGAGAAUUCUCUUGCAAAGUUUGAUAAAGAACAUGAGAGCUCAAGCAGCUCGAAGCCACGAUUGACUCGAUUGAAAAAGCUUGAAGAACUAACAAAUAAAGAUGUUCCUAUUGAUCAAUAG